GUCCACCACGUGUGCCUUCUCCUCUCUGUUGUCAAUAUAAAACCCACCCCUACUCUUCUUCACACACUCGUCCCUAGUCCUCUCUCUCUAGUCUCUCCUCUCUCAAUCUCUGCUCAAAUUUUCUGUUUUUCUGUCUCUCAAACUCAUCUCUCUUCUUUCCCUGCAGGAGUUUCUCGGUUUCUGCUCUGAUCAGACUCAGUGUAAGUCUACCUGGAGAAGAAAAAGGAGGUUGCUUUUUGGUUCGCUCUGUCGCGUUCCUGAAAUGGGAGAAGCAAGCGGUAAACAGAACAUGGGUGGAGAUGAACAGACAAACGGAAACCAGGACAGGGUUGGAGAUGUAGAUAUCGCGUCCGUUGAAGACAACGAACUCCUUUUGAGGAUGUUAGUCUCGGGACUGCCUCAACCGCUCAAUCCGGUUGAAAAUUCGAAGCCACUGGACCUCAGUCUGAGGCUCUCCGUCGGCGGAGCUUGCGAAGGAAACCAAAAUGAGACGGCUAUGAAACGAUCAUCGUCGCUUUUCCCGGAAAUCAACCUUAAACAAGAUUGCGGAAAGGCUGGACUGCCGAAGGACUUCCUUUCACUGGCAAGGUGUUCCUCACUGCCGGUAGAUUUAGAGCUUGGGAAGAGAGAGUUUGAUGUGAAGGAUCUGCAGAUAGGGACGAGAGAUAAGGGGAAGAAUGUUGUGAUGGAGAAGGAGAACAUUUCCACCAAGGGUAAGCAGGAGGAGGUACCCGGGAAAAUGCCAACUUCUCCGUCCAAAGUUGCGGCUUGGGCAGCUGCUUCAGCUGCUCGAAACCCAGCACUGAACCGUGCCCUUGCAAAGAUCAAGGAAGGCUUCAGAAAACAGAAAGAGCGAAAAUCUCAGGCUGCAUCAAAGUCUAAGGCUUCGAUCACCAGGUCUUUCUCUGAGCCCCAAAGGAAACUGGAAAUGGUGGCAGAAUCAUCUCAGCGCAAAAGGAAAUUGGAAACGGAGGUGGAAUCAUUGAAGAAACCCAAUGGAAAAUCUAUCAUGCUGCCAACUGAAAGCAAGGUAGGGAAUCCACCUAAGAGGGCAAAGGUAUCUGACAAUGCAGACAAAGAUAUUGGCAUGGAGAUCAUGAAGAGUAUGCCUAGUGUGACAACAACCGGCCCAACUGGGAGGAGGGUGGAGGGAUUCCUCUACAGGUACUUGCAAGGUCAAGUGAAAAUCGUUUGCCUAUGCCAUGGCAGCUUUCUCUCCCCUGAAGAAUUUGUCAAGCAUGCUGGUGGGAUUGACAUACUCAAUCCUAUGAAGCAUAUUAGCGUUAUUCAAAACUCAUUUACCUGUUAGAUGGAUAGAGGUGACUCUGGCACCCUUCCAGAAGACGGUAAAGCAAAAAACGCUGAUCACUUCGUCCUUUUUCUUACACCCUUCCUGAAGACAGGAAAGCAAAAAACUCUGCGAAGUUAGCUUUUUCUUCUUUUUCCUUUGUAAAAGGGGGAAGUUCCAUUUGAAUAUGGGGGCUUCCUUUGCUUCUGCUUCCUCUAGAACACAGUUACAACUUUCAUAGAACACAGUUAAAACUUUCAUUCUAAUAAAAGUACAGGAUAAUG